CUUCAAAAGUCCGCAACGAUUCGUCAAAAGCUUCACACACGUCUCUCUCCAUAACUCUCGUCUUCUCAUCAGAGGUCAGAGAUUUUGAUCUCCGAGAAUUGAAUUCAAUGUCGUUCGAGGAGCAACAAGGCGUGGAGGAGGAGGAGACAUUCGAGCACACACUCCUCGUGGUGCGCGAGGUCUCCGUAUACAAGAUCCCGCCGCGAACCACGUCCGGCGGAUACAAGUGCGGCGAGUGGCUCCAGUCCGAUAAGAUCUGGUCCGGCAGGCUCCGCGUCGUGUCCUGCAAAGACCGAUGCGAGAUCCGGCUCGAGGACUCGAGCUCCGGCGACCUGUUCGCGGCGUGUUUCGUGGAUCCGGAGAGGAGAGAGAACUCCGUCGAGCCGUCGCUCGACUCGUCGAGGUACUUCGUGCUCAGGAUCGGCGACGGGCGCGGGAAGCACGCGUUUAUCGGGCUGGGGUUCGCGGAGAGGAACGAGGCGUUCGAUUUCAACGUGGCGCUGUCGGAUCACGAGAAGUAUGUGAGGAGGGAGAAGGAGAAGGAGAGUGGGGAGACGAGUGAGAGCGACGAUCACAUUGAUAUCCAUCCCGCCGUUAAUCACAGAUUGAAGGAAGGUGAAACCAUAAGAAUCAACGUGAAGGCCAAACCAACAACAAGUGGAACUGGGAUGCUCUCAGCUGCUCUCUCAGGGAACGGGAAGCCUAAACCUCUAGCACUUGCGCCACCACCGAAUGCUGCUAUAAAACUCAGGUCUCCUUUACCGCCUCCACCAAACGAUCCUGUCGCUUCAAGGAUUGCAUCUGACGGUUCUUCUAAGGAACCAGCGGAUAACACAAGACGCAGGAACGAUCCUCUGUCUGAUCUAUCUCAGCUCAAGAAGAAUCUUCCUUCAACAAAGGGAUCAUCAGGACCGACGGGAGCUGCAGGUUGGGCAGCUUUCUGAUCCACAAAGGAGUGUGAAAUCUAAGGUCUUGGACCCGUCCGGCUUCAUCUUCUUGUGACUUGAGAGCAUGAGACACUAGAGGCAAGACACUAGACACCAAGACAAACAGCAACCUUGAGUCUUUUUUCAAAUAUAAUGUAUGUUUAAUGGUAAAUUGAUGUGUGUUUUCGUUGUUAUCCCAACACUCCUGUUGUAAUAUCUUUUUUUUUUCCUUUUUUUCAAAUCAUCUUUGUUACAUUUGCUGAAUCUCGAGAUUUUAAUAUGUUUUCCAAAUGAGAAGAUUGUUACA